AUGUCGUCGGCCAUGGAUACAGACGACAUAGUGUAUCAGACCAUGUUUAUCGAUAAUGCGUCGAUGCCCAGAGACCUGAUGUUGUCGCUCACUCUUCAUUUCAACGACAUUGGCGACUGGCGCAAGCUGGGCGGCCGGGUCAAGCGAGGCCAAGGAAGAAAGUGGGAGAUUCAUGUUCCCAAACGCUUCACCGCGGAUCGGCCCGCCGUGUCGUACACAAAGGCAUCCUUUGACAUGAAAAUGCGUGAGCACGAGACACUCAAAGACUUCCCAAGAAGCACGAGCGAUGCUUCGUUUCAGCCUACAGGACAGGACUUCUUUUCGGUAACAGUGCCCCGGAGCACCCCUAUGUCAAUCAAAGAGGUGGUAAAACAUGGCUUGCCCCUCGGGACGCUGCACGUCGUUACCUUUGAGGAUGCCACUCUUGUGACCAUUACCUGGCCACACCUGAUCGUGGACGGCAUGAGUCUCUCGGCCAUCCUCCGCGCUUGGUCCUCGGUCCUGGCGGGCAAAGAAGAGCAGGUCCCCUCAUUGUUGGGCAUAAACGACGACGUCAUGUACUCGGUCGGCGAGCGAGCAGACAAUCAGCCGGUCGGCGAGGAAACAGACGGUCAGCAGAAAUGGUUUUGGAAGAGCCAAGUUCUCGCGGGCUGGGGCUUCGUGGUAUGGGUCAUGCUGAUCAUAUGGAGCAUAAUGACCGAGGCCGUCGAAUACCGGACCAUCGUCCUGCCAAGGGCUCGGUUCGCGCAACUAAAAGCCCGGGCAGAUGAGGAGAUAGCCGAGCAGCACGGGGGCAAGGAUACAAAAGUGCCGUGGGUCAGCGAAGGCGAUGUCCUGCAGGCCUGGAUUCUGAGAAUGGCGGCGCGCGCUCAGGCGUCUCGACGCACCAUUUUCGGCAUCGGCAUAGUCAGCCUUCGAGACCGACUGCCCGAGUUUGCCACUUCUCCCCAGGGCGAGUUCAUUCAGAACAUGGUAGGAGGGUCGAUAGUCUCUCUGCCAAGGGAGGCUGCCGGGGAGUCAUUGGGAUCCGUGACGUUGCGCUGCCGAGAAGCUCUGAAGGAGCAGACUGAGCCGGAACAGGUCAGGGCCCAGCUCCGCUACCUGCGAGAGCUUUGGGAUGCAGGGAAGGAUCCACAGCAUCUAGUCGGGUCGCCGAGAGCUCAGACAUAUUACAUAUCUAACUGGAAGAAAAUGGACUUGCACCGAGUCGUCGACUUUUCGCCUGCCGUGCGGACAUCAGAAGACGAGGCGACGAGGAGCAAUCCUGUGGGCAGCCCGGUAAUCUUCAUGGUGAACCAGCGACGGGUUUCGGCUCUCAUGAGAACUGUGCUGGUGAUUCUAGGGAAGGACUGGGAGGGCAACUACUGGAUUACCGGGCGUUGUUCGCGCAAAUUUUGGGCCGUGGUGGAGCAAGCCAUCAAGCAGGAAACAUUGGAAGGGGGUUCGUGA